AUGGAAAAGUCAACUACAAACGAAACAAUGGUACUAACCUUAAAAAAUUUAAGCAAUAGCAAAUGGAGUUCACUCUCCAAAAAAAAGAUAGAAGAUAAAUCUUGUUACUCACCAAGAACAGAAAAAUUAAUUGACAUAAUAUCCCCAAUAUUGGAUUACUAUGGAUAUAAUAAGGAUGAUGUAUAUAACUUUAUAAGUUUAUACAAAUUUGAUAUCGAAAAAAUUCAACUAGAAUUAUGUAAUAUCAUGGAAUCUAGGGAAGAAAAUGAAGAAAAUUUGUGGGAAACAGUUAAAAGUAAAAAAAACAAGAAACCAAUCGAAAAAAAUGGUAAAAAAGAUAAUUUACCUCAAAAUAAUACUGGAAGAAAAGGUAAUAAACAAAUUGGCAAAAUUUUGCCCAAAGGUUUUAGAUUUAAAGAAAAGGACUUAUGGAAAAAUAAAAGUAAUACAGGUUCAUCUUUUGCAGUUGAUCAGCAUAAUAAGUCCUCUAUUUCGAAUAAUAAUAAAGUAAUGCAUUUUGUAAAAAAUAGUGCAAAAUAUGAGGACUCGUCAACGUUACAUGAAAUUAAUAAACACACACAUGAAGAAAAUGGUUUAAAAGAGAAACAACACGUGGGAAAAAAUGCAAGAAAACUUUUGAACAUAAAAUCUUUAUCAUCUAUAGCAGCAGCUUCCUUUGCAGAAGGAGAUGGAGAAGAAGAAGAAGAAGGAGAAGGAGAAAAUCACGACACUGUGAAUAAUGCUAAAGGUAUUAAAAGUAAGAAAGGAGCUAUAAAAUCCGAAGGUGAAAAAAAAAAAAAGGGCAUAAAUGAAAACUAUCAUGACGAAUUUUUGAAUGAUUCCUUAGAAGAAAGGGAUGUAAAUAAAAAAAAAAAAAAAGGUUUUAAAGAAUCAAAUGAUGCGGAAAACGACGAUAAUUAUGUAAAAAGCAGAGAGAAUGACACAAAAAGAAAAGCUAACAAAAGCAGUUAUAAUAACCAUGUUAGUAAUAACAGCGGUGGUGGCAUUGGUAACAAUAAUAAUAAUAACAAUAAUAGCCAUUUUAACAAUUUUGAUAAAAAAAAAUACACAAAAUUGGAAAAUGGCAAAGGAGCAGCAGAAGGGGGAGGAAACAAAUCCAGUGAUGAAAAUAAUAUUAAAAAGGAUUCCAAGAGUAAAGGAACACCAAUAACAAAUAUCAAUGCUACAAACAGUAGUAGUAGUUAUCAUGCAUCCUAUGUUGGCGCAAGUGGCCAUGGAACAACCUCGAUGUCCAACAGUGCCAAUAGGUAUAGUAACUUUAGCUAUCAUGAUAAAUUUUUUAAUAAAAAUUAUAACAGGUAUAAUAAUAAAACUGUAGAUGAUUCUACAACCUCUCGAAAUGGUAAACAGAGAUUUCCACCUUUUAAUAAUAAAUCAACAAAUGCAUAUAACAAUUCUGGAAAUAGUAGCUAUUAUAAUUCCUAUGGAAAAGGAGGUCAAAAGCAACCAAAUUAUUUGAGUAAAAAUAACUUUAAAUCUAAAAGAAAUAGUAGUAAGAAUAAUAACACGGAUUACGAUCCUCAUACAGGGGAAAAGUUAUCGUACGAUGCUAAUAAUAAUAACCAAUCCAAUAAUAUUAACAACGAUAACGAGAAUAAUGAUAAGAAGAAAAUGACGAUAGAAACCAAAAAAGCGACUAACGAAAAGGCGAAUGCCAACACAUCAUACGCAUCUGUGGUUAAUAGAAAAAUAAAAAAGUCAUUAUCACCAUCCAUAGAUGAAAUGAAAAAUAUGGAAGUUAACCAAAACGGAAUAAUGAACACACAAAUUGAAUCGAAUAAUAAAUUAUUAAUAGAUGAAGAAAAAAAAGAAAAAAAAAAAAAGAAAGGCCAUUUAUUACCAACUAAAAAUAAUGAUACUGAAAAGUUGUGGGUAUCAGUUAUAACGAAAGGUACUGCUACGAGCGCCAAUAAUAAUAAUGCACAGAAUACAAAUGAAAAGAUAGAAAAUCAUUCUGGUUUAAAAAAAAAUGCUCCAAAAAACUCAAAAGAAUUGAAAGCAGAGUCAUGUGCUCAAGGGGUUAGUAAGAAGAGUGCAGAUCAGAGUAGUAAAUCCGAAAAGCCAAAAAAAAAAGGUAAGGGAAAAGAAAAGGCGAAAGAAAUGGAAAAUAUCACGGAUAAGCACCACCCCAUCAAUCAGAAUUUAUCCAAUGAAAAGAACAUUGACAUAAAUAAUGACAGCAACUUAAAUAGCAGAAAUGAUAUUGGCCACAUAAACCAUGAAAAUAUAAGUAGAGUUCAUUUGAAAAACUUAGAAAAACAGGAUGGAGAAGAAAUGCACAAUAAUAAGGUAUCUCACUUAAGUUAUAACCAUGCAAGUAAAAAUGAAGGAAUUAAUGGCUUAAGAAACAUUAACAAAUUACUUGUUGAAAUGGAUUCGAAAAAGACACAAUCGUUCGUAGAUCAUAAAAAUAAAAUGGAGAAGGAAACAUAUGUAAAGGAUAGCAUUGAAUCGAACAAGAAAGAAACAAGUAGUGUUAAAAAAAUGAGUGAAUUAAAAUUUGAUGCGAAUGAAAAGAAAAGUAAGAAAAGUAUUGAUCUAGAAGAAGUUUCUUAUAAUGAUAAUAAUGUAUCCUUAAAAGUGAGAACAAGACCAGCAGAUGUACCAACAUCUUACGAUCAACAAUCGAAAAAAGUCAAGAGUAGUAAAAUGAGUAGCAACAAUUAUAGUAGCCUAAACUUAACAUUUAGUACGGAGAGAUUGGUAUCAGAUGACUUAGCCCUAUCAGAAAGCUAUGAUGGAAAAGAACAAAAUGUUAUUCCAAUAUACAUGCCCAAUUUAUCUCAUAUGAGUGAUAACAAUAUGAAUAAGAAAAUAUUCUUCGGUAAUAUAAAUAUUACUGGAAACCAAAUUGAAAACAUUGAUACUCUUGCAGAUAGAAAAAUUGACCCAUUUCAAAACAAAAGCACUACGAACAAUAAUAGUAAAAAUCAUAGCAGCGUUUAUGAAAGUUUAGACAUUUCCCUCAGUGGCAAGUACAAGGCUCAUGAAAGCACGAACUACAGCAAUCAUAACAUAGGCAACAGCAGCAGCAGUGGCAACAACAAGGAAAUUAACAAUAACAGCGUCAGCAACAAGGGCAUCAACAUGAAUAACAUCAAUAUGAAUAACAUUAACAUGAAUAACGUUAACAUGAAUGACGUCAACAUGAAUAGCCUCAACAUGAACAACAACUAUACCAAACAAAGCAACAGCAAUCAGAAUUGCAUUAGCAAUAAUUACAGCAUUCACAAUAACAGUAGCAACAACAACAGCAAUGGUAACGGUAACAACUACAACAUUCAUAAUAACAGCAGCAACAAUUACUACAACAGUUACAACAACAACUAUAGCAACAACAAAAUGUUGCAUUUUGAAAGCAGAAAAAGAAAUAGCUUAAGAAAAAAUUACAGUAUUGAUUCCUCGGCCAUGAGUACGAACAACGAUCACCUAAGUAACAUUAACUACAUCCGUUCCCUCGAAAUGCAUCAGAAGGAAAGUGAUAACAACAGAGAUUAUGAUCAUAACAAUAAUGAUUUCAGAAGUUCAAAAGAAAGAGAAUUUAGACACUUUGAUUUUAAAAAUAGAAAUCAGAAAAGAGAAGACAACGGUGAUAUGCUAAAUGAGAAUAGGAAUAAAUACUUAUUUUCAUCUUCAAACAAUAAAAAUUCACACGUUAAUACAAAAUCACAUAAUUUGUAUAUACCCAAAAUUAUAACAUCAGCAUCAUCGGCCUCAUCAACAGUAGCGGCAGUUACAGGAGUCACAGCAGGCACACCAGCAGCAUCGACUAAUAAUUAUCAUCAUCUCAUGCAUAAUAAUAAUAGCAGUAAUACUGCACUUAACAAGAGUAAUCAAAAUGACAAACAGUUAUUAACCAGUUCAUCAUCUGUGUUUAUGAAUCCAUCUCCUAGAACAAGUAACGUGCAGGAUAAUUCCGCAUCACUCUUGCUAAGUGCAAAGAAUAGUAAAUAUAUCCAGAAUGCACUAAAGAAUAAAAAUUACGACCGUGAUGAUGACACUAGUUCUAUACAACUAAGUCAGAUUUCACAGAAAUUUUUUCAAGGCCAUCAAAUCUCUGCGAAUAAUACCAUUUCAGCAACUGGUGCUUGCAAUCUAAAUGGAAACAACUAUAACGGAGGCACCAACAAUGAAAACGGAAACAACGAAAACAGCAACAACGAAAACAACAACAAUGGAAACAGCAACAAUGGAAACAGUAACAAUGGAAGCAGCAACCAUGGAAUCAAUCGUAAGAGAAAUAACAGCAUUUUGGAUAGUCCCAUUACUAGUGCAAAUAUAGGGGCAACCAUCAGUGCAAAAAAUACAGGAACGAAUACUAGUGUAUCGAAUAAAAACACCAACACUGAUACAAGUAACAUAAAUUUAAUGAACACAAGCAUGAACAACUUGAGUAACAAUAAUAUGUACAGUUCGUAUAAUUCUCCUCCAGGAUUAGCUAACCAGUAUAAUUAUUCGUUCACAAAUUUGUCGUACCCAUACAACAAUAUGCAUUACAAUGGAUACUCGACCCAAACGUUAGCACCUCAGUAUGGAUUGAUAAAUAAUAACUACAGUAAAAAUAAUAGUGCUCAUAAUAAUAAUUAUAGCUAUAAUAUGAAUUAUGAUAGUUUCGAUGAUAAUAAUAUAUACGGACAGAAUAACAAUGUGAACAUGAAUAAUUACAUAAAUUUUAUGAAUGCUAAUGUAAAAAAGAGGCAAUUAAAUAAUACAGACGAUGAUGAUUUAAGUAAUUCAGGUGAUGUAUGCAUAUCUGGAUCCUUACAACAAUCUACCAAUUUAACACAUGAAAAUCAAAAUAGUUCAAAUAAAAAUUCGAUAAAUAUGAACAAUAAUAAUAAUAAUAGUUCUUGUUUAGAAGGAACAACAAAUAAAGGAAUUAACAACUUAUCAUUAAGUAGUAUAAACAUGAACGGCAGCGUGAACCCAAACUUAACAAUUUCGCGCACAACUAGCGCUACCAGCGAGUUAAAAAAUAAACAACAGAUAAGUAAAACCAUUAGCGAUAUGCAGUUGCAAACACCACCAUCUAUUUCAUCUAUGAAGCAAAAUCAAGGUAUACAAAAUAAAGGCAUCAACCUGAAUGCGACACAACAACAACAUUCGACGAAUCACCACAACCAAAACAAACACACAGGACAACAGCAGCAUCAACAGAAUUUGUUGAAUAAUAACAAUAAUUCAAUAAGUCAUUACACGCAGAGCCAGAUUAAUCCAAAUAAUUCACAAAAUACAGCAUCAUCCACUUCUUCAUCCAUAACAGGAAAAGCAGAAACAAAUAAUCUUAACAUUGUAUCUCAGAACAAUCAAAGCAGUUUUAUAAGUAAACAGUUAUAUCACAAUGGUAACUAUUAUAACCCAAACUCCAAUAAUUACAGAAUCCCACCAGGAUUCAAUAUAUCCCAAGACAAGGAACAGAACAACACGUACUUGAAUAAUAGUGUGUCAUCCACCAAUGCCAACACGAGUGCAAAUUCGUACAGAAACAGUUGGAAUAGUAUUAAUGAGAAAAACUUAAAUCAUUACAGUUUGAACUACAAUUAUAAUAGGAGUACCAAGAACAAUUACAACUAUACAAAUAACUUGAACUACAGCAGCAGCAACGGAUAUAACGGAACGCGAGACAGCACAAGUAACUUCUUUAAUUACAAUAAUUACAACUACACACUUCAGACACCACCUGGGCUGCAAAACUACUAUCAAAGUACUCAGUAUCAGCAGCAAAAUAACUACAACAAUAGAAAUUACAAUUAUUCAGGAUAUAACAAUAAUCUAUCCAUGUGGAAUAGAGAAGAUUGA